GUGUCAUCAUUUUAACAGUUUCACUCGACGUCAACGGUUUGGCUAACUGUGUGAUCGGCUUUUUUUUGGUUUUGUUUUUGCUAUAGGAAUUUCUCCUUACACUUUUUUCAUAUUAUAAGUGAGAACGGGAAAAACAUUGAAUUAAAUAUGAAAAAUUUAAUGUUUCUGAUGCUAAUGGUGCUGCCCAUAGUGCUAACAACAUUCAUUGCACCCAACAAAUAUGGAGCUUUCGCCGCUGAAGCCGUCGAAGAUGACCUCGUCGAUGUGGACAGUGAAGAGGGAGCUGUGACUGGCGAAGAUGCUGAUACCGAUGAUGAUGCCGACACGGGCAAUUCGAAUAGCUCACCCAAUGCCGAUACAUAUUUACUCUUCACGAAACCCCUCUAUACGGCCGGACAGCAAUUCGAUUUGCCUGGUGGCAAACCAGUUGAAUUCCUCAUCGGUUUCACCAACAAGGGCGCCGAGGAGUUUGUGAUCGAGACUGUUGAGGCCUCGUUCCGUUAUCCCAUGGACUUUAACUACUUCAUUCAGAAUUUCUCCGCUGUAGCGUACAAUCGUGAGGUGAAGCCUGGUUUUGAGUCAACUGUAUCGUAUACAUUUGUGCCAUCGGAUCAGUUUGCUGGACGUCCAUUUGGCUUGAAUAUCGCUUUGGCCUAUCGUGAUGCCAAUGGCAUUCAAUACAAUGAGGCUGUAUUCAAUGAGACUGUCUUGAUCUCUGAGGUCGAUGAGGGUCUCGAUGGUGAGACAUUCUUCCUGUAUGUCCUGCUGACUGGUAUUGUGGUCCUGCUAUUGGUCAUCGGUCAGCAAUAUCUCUUGGGUAGCUCUGGCAAGCGUAAGCGUGCUGCUGCCAAGAAGGUCAUCGAAACUGGCACAGCCAAUGACUCGACCAUCGAUUACGAUUGGGUGCCACAGGAGACGCUGCGAGCACUGCAGAAAUCGCCACCAAAAUCCAAGACGCCAAAGACUUCUCCCAAGCCCAAGACUAGCCCCAAAGCCGCUAGCCAACAAAGUCCCAGACAGCGCAAGGUGAAACGAUCAGCUGGUGAUGAUUAAACUAGCCAAGAGACUGCUGUUACCCUACCACAAACUCACACACACACACACACACAAACACCACCACCCACAACAACAAACAAAAAAAAAAAACACUAUUCCAUGCAACAUUAUGAAGAAUCAUCCCCUCCACCACCACCACUUCUCCCAUGAUGCUGCAGAGAAA